AUGUCUGAUUCUGGCGACUCCUCUGAUUCCGAGGUCUACAUCCCCCGUGACCCCGUUGUUCCUCUCCCCGUCACCGGCCCCCGUGAGCGCAAAAAGGUCGAGCGCUUUGCCGUCCCUGUCGUCGAGAAGGCCGAGAAGAAGUUGGUCAUUCCCGAGGGCAAGGGCACCAAGCUCGGCUCUAUCGUCACUGUCAACGCCAACCUGGACAAGUUGAAGUCCAGCGAUGAGACCGUCAAGGGACUCCACCGUCUCCUCUUCGGUCGCGUCGCCCCCUCCAAGAGCCCCAAGACCGACCUCAAGGCAUUCAACGGAUUUGAGUACUUGAACGAGAAGGACGAGGAGGCUCUUGAGGAGAAGCUCGGAAAGUGGACCGUUGGUGGUCUUCGCGAGCUCAUUGAUGUCUUCAACCUCGAAGCUGGCGGUGACAAGGAUGCUUUGCUCGAGCGCCUCAUGGUCUUCUUGAAGAAGCCCGAGGACUCUGGUCUUGUCCCUCGCGCCCAGAAGGCCGCUCAGGAUGCCAAGGAGAAGAAGGCUCAGGCUCUUGCUGUCAAGAAGGCCAAGGCCGCUGCCAAGGCCAAGAAGAGCGCCGAGCUCAAGGCCAAGAAGAGCGAGCAGAAGAAGGCCCAGGCGGCCAAGAAGAAGGCUGCCCUCGCCAAGGCCAAGGCUGCCGCUAAGGCCUCCAAGGCUUCCAAGACUUCCACCUCUACCUCUACCCGCGCCCCCAAGGUCCGCUCCGCCUUCGACAUGUACGUCAAGGAUCACCAGAAGGAUAUCAAGGACGCCGCUCCCGAUGCAUCCCGUGCCGACAUCUACAAGAAGCUCGUUGACAAGUGGGAGGCUGUUGAUUCCGUCGUCAGAGAGGACUAUGAGACUAAGGCCGUCGCUGAGAACGCCAAGAGCGCCGAUAAGAGAGCCAAGGCUGCCCAGGAGGCCAAGAAGGAGAAGAAGGCCCCCAAGGCUGCUGCCGCUGUCGACGCCAAGAAGGCUAAGAAGGAGAAGGCUUCAAAGACUGACAAGGCUACCAAGGAGAAGAAGGAGAAGAAGGAGAAGAAGGAGAAGGCUACCAAGGAGACCAAGGAGACCAAGGAGACCAAGGAGCCCAAGGCCGCCAAGGCCACUAAGGCUAACAAGGCCGAGAAGGCACCCAAGGAGAAGAAGGAGAAGGGCACCAAGGCUGCCGCCGCUGCUGAUGGUGAGAAGAAGGCCAAGGCCCCCAAGGAGAAGAAGGAGAAGGCUGCCAAGGUUGAGACCACCGAGAAGGCCACCCCCAAGGAGAAGAAGGUCGCCAAGGAGCCCAAGGCCGCCAAGGCUGAUAAGGCUGACAAGACCGACAAGACCGAGAAGGCCCCCAAGGAGAAGAAGGAGAAAGCCCCCAAGGCUGCCGCCGCUGCAUCAACAACCGAGACCAAGAAGGCACCCAAGGAGAAGAAGGAGAAGGCUGCCAAGGCUGAGAAGGAGAGCAAGGAAGAGACCAAGCCCAAGAAGGCUGCCAAGCCCGCCGCACCCAAGGCCAAGGAGGAGAGCGCAGAGAAGCCCAAGGCCGCUCCCAAGAAGGCUGCCAAGGCUGAUGCUCCCGCCGCUGCCAAGGCUGAUGCCCCUAAGGAGAAGAAGAAGGAGAAGGCCCCCAAGGCCGCCGCUGCCGUCGAGAAGAAGCCCGAAGCCGCCGCUGGCAAGAAGAGAAAGGCCGACAGCACGGACGUCGCCGUUGCCAAGAAGCCCAAGGCCAAGGCAGCAGCAACACCAAAAGACAAGUAG